AUGAUUCAUUCUAUCUUCAUUUUGGUGUUUGUUGUACAGAGCGUAAUUCGUUCAACGGAAUCAAACAAAAUUAAUUUAUUUACUAAGGAAAAUAAAGAUGACAAUUCAACAAUAGCUGAAUGUGAUACAUGUUUGGCAGGGAUGAAUUUAGUUCACUACAUUCUUUCAGAAGAUUAUUGGGUAAAGAUUUAUAUGAUUGCAGCAGAACAAAUAUGUCAGUCUAUUGCAGCAGAAAGUCUAAAAAACACUUGCCUAGCAUAUGUGAAUAAUUACCUUAAUAAAACUUUGGUUGUACUGGCUAAAGCAGUGAAUCCUGAUUACAUUUGCAAGGCAUUACAAGCUUGUGCAAAUGAUACAAGAUCUUCGUCCACUCGAAACACGGGAGAUAGUAUACUGUGUGAAGGAUGCAUAUCUGUUUAUUAUAAAAUACAAAGUAUUUUUACUGACCACAUAGUAAUAAAAGAAAUGAAAUCUUCAAUGAAAAUGAUAUGUUUACUUUAUGCCGCAGAUGAAUCACAAUGUGAUAGAGUACUUCAAAAAUAUAUGGAUCAAACAAUUACAUAUUUUGAACAUCAUAGAGCAGAUGAAACAUGUUAUGCACUUUGCACUUUCCUAAAACUUUUCAAACUUAUCUUCUACUAAAUGGAUAUUACAUGUAAGUUUUAAGAAAAUGCAAAACAUUUCUUAUAUUUGUUAUUUUCUUCUUCUUAAGCAUCAUGAUAUUAAAAUUACUCCCAGUAAUGAAAUAAACAAGUAGGUGCCUUUAAGUACAACAGCACAUUUUCGUUCUAGAAUGAAAUGUAGUUCACACAUGAUUGUAUAGUAUAUCAGUAUUAUACUUAAAGCAUUUAAUAUCUAUAAGAUAAUGUUUUUAAACGAUCGUUUCUUCAAAGACAAAUGUUUUACAAGAUGGAAAUACACUAAAUGAAACUGCAAUUUUAUCAAUGAAAGUCAGAGUAGUUAUUUGUUUAAAAAUAAUUUCAGUUGCAUAAAAUAAUAAAACGUAUUAUCUUCCAAUUCUCAUUAUGAUAUAUUGCCAUUAUUUACAUUCAGCUAUUAAGUCAAUGGACAAGGAUUCCAUCCCUCUUCUCUUUAAACAUAUCCAAAUAAUUAUUACAGAGGAGGAAUAUAUUUAAGUUUCUUAAUUAUUUCGUAAAUGUAGUCUUUUAAUAAAACUAAAAUCUUGUCUUAGUUUUAUUAAAAGACUACAUAUCAUAGACUUAGUAUAAGUUAGUCUAGUCAUAUUGUAAGAUCUAUCUCCUGUCAAUAGGCUAAUACGAAUAAGGAAACUUACAUCAUUUCAUAUUCAUUUUAAAUCUUCUAACAACGCAUCAAUUACGUAAGAAAUUAUUGCUUAUUAAAUAUUCAACUAUUGGUUAGAACAAAUGGCAAUGAACUUUUUUAUUAUCCUGUUGCAUUUUUUUAUUUCAGGUGAUUGAAAAUUAUAUAACUAAU